AUGGAGGACUUUGCCGCAUUUGACGACUUCCCUGCCGUGCCGGACGUCCCUGAUGAGACAGCUCCCAACACCCAGUACUAUGUGGACGAAGAGGAGGCUCUGGGAUUCCACAUCUGGGUGGCAGAGCUGGAGCUGCUGGUGGGGCAGGCCAGGGGCCCAAAGCAGAGCGUGGAUCCCGUGGCAGCAAUGGAGCUCCUGCAGAAGCUGCAGGUCACCAUUGAGAGCAGCGACAAGGCUCGCAUCCGAGAGUACCAGCGCCGCUGCGAGGAUGCCCUGGAAAGCGUCCUGCUCAAGGGCACUGCUCCCCCGGUGAGGCGGCUGAUUUGCGCCUGCUUUGUACGGCUCUACUCGGUGGGGGACAGCCUGCCGCUGUACUCGCGCAUCGCCUCGCUCCAAACCUUCCUGGGAUCCAAGGCACGCACCCCUCGAAGAAGAGGAUGCAACGCAAUCUCACCAAUAUCACCACGAUGUGCUCUUGUUUAUGAGCUGGCUCUCACUCCCUUCACUGGCUGCAAUGAGGCGCUGAAUCGGAGCCUGCCGCUGGCAGCUCGUCUGGGGGCGUUGCAGGCCCUGGCAGCACUGUCAGCCGCCCACGGCCGCUCCCUCGCGUCCAUCGCCCCGGAAUCACUGGCGCUCGGCGUAAAACACACGGCCCGGCAGUCGGAGGCGCCGUUACGGAUUGCGGCGCUGCAGCUGGUGGCGGCGGUGGUGGGGGGCCUGGGCGGGGGGGAUCGUAACAGCGCCGGGGUGCAGACAGAUGCGCUCAAGGCGGUGGCUCGGGUCGCCAAAGAAAACACCGACUCGGAGUGUCGACUUGCCGUGGCCGGUGUCUUGAGGGCGGUAGCACAGGCGGGAGGCGCAGGCCUGUGGGCGUCUAAUGGACGGUCCUACGAAGAGGCCGUCGCGCUGUGCAUCACGUUUCUGGACGAUCCCUCCUGCGCCGCCGGCGACGCGGCCGGCGCCGCGCUCGGCGACUUCGUGGCAGCUGCCGCCUCUUCUGCCGCGGCCGAUGCGGCCAAGGCGCUUGAAAAGAAGCCGGCAAAGAAGGCGGCGCUCGAAAAGUUGCAGGGUGACGCGUUCACCACAUGCCUGGUCAGCCCCUUUGUGGAGGCUGCCAAGACCGACAGGCGGCGUUCCCUGCGAGCGCUGUCACAGGCCUGGCUCGCCUACUUGGCCCAUGUGCAGAAGAAGGGGGAUGAGGGCGAGCUGGUGAAUCUGGCGGGGAAGGCGAUCGAGGUCCUGGCGCAAGUAGGGAACGGCGCAGGAGACAAGGCGCCCCCUGCCAGUUCCGGCGCUGAGGGGGACGCCGGGCAGGGGCUGGGCAGCGGAGAACUGCCCGCUGCCCAGGCCACCGUGCUCUACGUGCUGCGCGUGGGCGUCAUCGAGCAGAUGGGCGAAACAGGCCAGCGGCUGCUAUUGGAGCGGCUUACAGCGAUGGUGGCAAGUGUGCUGGGAGACCAGGUGCCGGUGGCUGUGGUGACGCUGGAAACCAUCGGGCUCCUGCUGGAGGUCUUGGGCGAAGUAUCACCCGAGACGACUGCCCUACUGCAAGACCCGCUCACCUGGAAGCUGACCAGUAGCCACUCCCUGCUGCGAGCACAGGCGGCGGCCACGCUGGCUGCUCUAUCGGUGGCUGAGCCCUCAUCAGCAUGCCGCCUGCUCACUCAGCAGCUGGAAGGCCUGGAGGAAGCUUCCUCGCAGCUUGCCUCCCUGGUGGGCCCAUUUGGGGCACAGAACCCCCCGCCAGAACCCCCACAAUCUCGGGGGACCGGGACCCCCCGCGGCCUGGGUGCCACCGAGCGCGACAAGCUCAAACCCGUAAUGGAUGCCAUGCAUGGCCGCGCCCUCGGCUGCGCCGCGCUCCUUGUCGCCUCCACUCGGCUGCCGCUCGGUGUGCCAAGCCGGCUAGUGCGGGACGCGAUGGCGGCUGCGGAGCGCCUGAUCAGGCGGCCCGGCAGCCAGCGGGCAGCCGGGCAAGGGGUGGAACGCGAGGCAGGUUACGUUAUCCUCUCCGCCCUCUGCGUCUAUGCCGGCCCUGAACUGCUCAAGCCAGCAGAGCUGCUGGAGCUGUGGCAGCCAGCGCUGGGAACGGAUUCGGCGGCGAAUCUUGAUGUGCGCCGAUUUGCGGCCGCGCCGAGCCCCGGCUGGGAGACUGAGGCGGCCGCGCACAUGUGGUGGCGCGCGUCCGCGCUGCAGGCGCUGCAGGCGUUCGCACUUGGGCCACUCGCCGCGGCGCCGAGGGCCGAGGCCGCCCGGCUGCAGGAGACCAUCGCUGCACUGCUCGCCCCCACACUGGACAUCAUCAGCAGCUCGCCGCCUUUGCAGGAGGCUGCGCGAGGGAAGGUGGCCGGUCCCGGCCCGACAUUCGUGGCAGCUGCCGCGCAGCUGCAGCUGCGGCUGGUGGAAGCUUACCUGGCGCUGCCGGACGCCGCCGCGUUUGCCAUGGAGCACGAGGCGCUGUCGCGGCUCUGCGCGCGCGCCUUCCGCUCGGCUUCCGGGACAAGCACAGCGCAGACCGUGGCGGCUGGCGCGCUGCGGAGAGUAUUGAACCGGCAGGAUGAUGUUCUGGGGCCGUGGGCGCCAGGCAGAGACCCGCUCGAAGACGCGCUUGCCGCCUUUGCAGGGGCACCGGGGGGACCAGUGCACCACCCCUGGGAGGCAGGCCUCCCCUACAGCGCAGGCUACCUGGGCUCUGAAGCCGCAGGUGCUACCCGUCUGCAGAGAAACCACCAGCCGCUGCCGCAGCCAAGGUCGCUGAGUGCAGCCUUGCUUGAAUCUCAGCUUACGCUGCUGGGCUCACUGCUGGCGGUAGUAUCUCAGCCCAACCAGCUUCAGAUCCUGGACGUCCUGAACACGGCGGCGAGCGAGGGAGCUGGCGGGAAGGGGCGCAGGGAACGCCCCGACCCUGUGCGGCGCCACACGGCCGUCACAUGCGUCUGCGCCGCCGCGCUCGCCGGCCUUGACACCCUCGCGCGCAAAUUCAGGGGUGAGGUGGGCAGCCGGGACGAGGUGGCCGCGCGCGCGGGCGGCCUGGCCGACAGUGUGCUCGGGGUGGCCGCCGACGCAGCCGACGCGGCGCUGCAGCGGUCGGCGGCGGAGAUGUUUGCGUUUGCGUCGUGCAUCGGCUCGACCGGCUUUGCCGCUGCGCUAGUGCGCUCACUUGUGCAGGCCAUGGCCGAGACCACGUCCGCGCCCAGGCGGGCCGCGCUGGCGUUGGCGGUGGGAUGCAUAAUCCGCUCCAAGGGGGGCAUUGCGCUGCAGAGCACGCUCAACCUGGUGGCAGACACCUUCCUGGCAGUCGCAGCAGUGUGCACCGGCCCCGUGCAGCUGUGGUUGCUGCAUGGGUUGUGGCUCACUGCCAACGCUGCCGGGCCGGCCUUCCUUCCCCAUGCGACGCUGGCGCAUGCAGUGGAGGUGCUUAUGGCGGAGGACAACGCCGUCGUAGCCGGGCUGCAGCCGGCGGUGGGCCGUUUAUCUAAUGCCUUAGUCGCCGUCCUGGGCCCUGAGCUCACCCUGGGCUCGCCCGCCUACUGCCGCUGCCGCGCAGUCAUCCGCGAAAUGCAGGCGACGGCUGGCGCCGUCGGCCGCCCAGAGGACGCCCCCGCGGCAGCGUUAGAGACGGUGUCGUACGCGCAGAUGCUCGUGCUCUUCGCGCCCCAAGCCGUGCCUGCGGCCGCGCACCUGCCGCUCCUGCUGGAUACACUCCCCUCCCGCCAGCCCACCCUGCGCCGGGCUGCCGCGCUAACGCUGCGCCACCUGGCAGAGCGUGACGCGCGCGCUCUGCUACCGGCGCGGAUGGAGCCGCGGCUGUUUGCGGCGCUGGACGCGGAGACGGACGGGGAGAUUGCCGGGCAGCUGCGAGCCACGCUGCGCACGCUGCUGCGUACUGGGGUUCCCUCCCAGCCCUCCUACUGGCUCGAGGUGUGCAGCCAGGUGGCGCUGGCUGCUGCAGAGAAGCAGUCCGGUCUGGGCAUAGCGUACAGCGGAGCGGGCGGGUCCGGCUUCAGGGGUGGAUUAGACGAGGGGCUCAUGGACGGGGGCGACGAUGAAAUGGAGGAGGGCUCGCGCGUCGGCGGUGCCGGGCCCCCCGCCAGGGGCCCCCCGACGGCGGCGGGGGAUCCCACCGCCGUCGCCGCCGGGGAAACCCGCGUCGGCGGCGCCCCCCGGCUGCGGACCCGCCUCUUCGCCGCACAGUGCAUCCUGGACAUUCGCGUCGGUGGCGAUCCGCGCCACUUUGACACGGCGGCUGAUGUGUCGGCGCGCUCGGGCGGCGGGGACUGGCUGGUGGCGCAGCUGCAGGCGCUGAUCGACGCCGGAUUCAAAAUGGCCUCCGGCGCCGUCGAGGCCCUGCGCCCGCUUGGAGUGCACUUACUGCAGGCGGUGCUUGAGAAGUUUGGCGGGGCCGAGGACCCGCUGCUGCCAGGCCAUCCCCUGCUCGAGCAGUUCCAGGCGCAGUUUGUCUCCGCCCUCAGGUCGGCGCUGGCGCCCGGGGCCGCGCCGACGCUGGCGGCGGCCGGUGCAUCGCUGGCGGCCGUGUUUCUGGAGGCAGGGAUGGCCACUGGAGACAGCGUCGUGCUGCGGCGCCUAAUCGGGCUCCUGGUUGAGCCGCUUGCUUCGUGGGAAUCUGACGCCGAGGUGCGGCCGAGCUCCUCGGAGGUGUAUGCGGAGUGGGUGGGAGUACGCACUAAGGUGUCCCUGCUGGAGGCUCACGCGCAGUGCGCAGCAUUUGCGGCCGCACGCUUGGAAGACCCCGGCAGCGCCAUCAUUGCCCAAGCCCAGGCGCCGCAUGCCAGGGCGUUGCGGUGGCAGUGGGCAGCGCUGCUGCAGGACUGGGCGCUGCUGGGGGGCACCCCCCCAGAGCUGGCGGCCGCCCGCGCGACAGCGUUCCUGCCGGAGCCGGCCGCUGCCGUGCUGCCGCGCGUCGCCGACGCCAUCGAUAGAGCCGCGCCGGCUUCGCUGCUGGCUCUCUCCGCAUCCGUGGCCUCCGCGUCCGUGGCCAAUGCCUCUGCCGAGGGGACCGAUCUGGAGGAGGUGAGGGCAGCUGCGCAGCAGCUGCUCGACAUCUGCCACCUCACCAUCGCGCAGGUGUCCGCGCGGCUGGCGUCCCCGUCCACGUCAUCCUAUGGCGUUCCUUUUUCAAACACUUCUACUUCCGGUGGCGGCCUUCCGCACAGCAGCGCAGCGCCGGAGCCGGGGCAGCUGCUGCUGACGGCGCUGACGGCGCUGCAGCGAUUAGUCACCGCUGAGUCACCGCUGUUCGGCGCGGACGACCUGGAGAACCUCGUCAUGCUCGUCAACAGCACCCUGCAGCAGGCGAGCCAUGCGCCUGACCAAGUGCUGGGCCCGCUCCUGAGCGCCGGCCAAGCCGACACCGGCGAUGUCGCGGCCGCCUUCGCGGCAGCUGCUGCAAUUCUGGCCGCCGUCGGCCGGCCAGCCACCAAAUCCGGUUCCGUCGGAUUCAAUUCUGCCGAUGUCGGCUCCGCCAGUUCUGGCGCCGGCAGCCGCCACCUGGACGAGCGGCUGGCGGAAGCUGCGCUGUGCGCGAUCGGCAUCGCUCUGACGGCUUCGGAGUCCCCUGCCGCGGGAGCUACGCAUCUAGAGGGCGCCCUGCAGGGGGCGUUCCAGGCCGCGGAGGGUGUCUGCCAAAGGGAACGCCAUCUGGCGGCUGCGCUGCUGUCUGCCGCCAUCAAAGUGCUGCAGACCAGCCGCCAAGGCAAGUGCCGCAUCCAUUAA